GCGCUGGCUACUGCGAGGGUGUGACGGCCAGUCGUCUGCGUGACUCCAGUAGGUGCGGAUCCGUCCCUUCCCUCAUUGCGUCAUAUGGCUGGACUGAGAGCAGACACACAGCCAGGCGGGAGUCACUAUAGCCAGGCGUUCACCCCGCACGCUGCACCUCACCCGCUGUCGCCCCUCCCGGCCGCAGUGAGGGGGCUGACCGGGCCUCGACGCGGCCUGGGAGUGGUGGAGCGCUGCGAUAAUCCGCUAUUGUGCAGUGCCAGGGCCGAGUGUCACUAAGGCGGCGCGAUGAGUGACCAGAGCAGCAGCGACGCAAGCUGGCCCCGGCGCCGUCGCUCGCUGCCGACGGAGGAGUUUGCGAUGGCCGGAAAUCCUAACCCCAUGGGCGUUCCCUUCUUCAGGAUGAACAUGCCCUCGCUCGGCCAUGACCAGAGCGAGGAGACCGCCUCCCUGCUGGGCUCGGAGAACAUCCUCGGCCAGUCCUCCUCCUCCGACACGCUCUCCUCGAAGCAGGAGGACGUGUUCCCGGGGUCCGCCAAGCACCUGGGUUACGGCACGUGGGGCAGGCAGCAGGAAGGCAUCACACUCACGUGGCGGGAGCUGAACGUGUACGUGCCCCAGAAGAAGGGAUGGUUCCAAAGCGACAACAGCCAGCACCGGCCAUUCAAGCGGGUCCUGACAAACGUGUCUGGUGCGGUCCGGCCUGGCAGUCUCGUGGCUCUUAUGGGGGCAAGCGGCGCCGGGAAGUCCACUCUGAUGAACGCCCUGGCUCACCGUUCAGCUGGGGGCAUCGUGGCGGACGGGGACAUCCUCGUGAACGGCCAUCAGGUCAACAGCGCCAUGACCUCGCUUGCCGGCUACGUUCACCAGGAUGACCUCUUCGUGGGGUCAUUGACGGUCAAGGAGCAUCUGACGUUCAUGACCCGGCUAAGGAUGGACCGGCGCAGCACGACCAAGCAACGACAGGCGCGGGUGAUGGAGCUGCUGAAGGACCUGGGACUCCUGAAGGUGCAGAACAACCGAAUCGGCAUCCCGGGCUCCGACAAGUCACUCUCAGGGGGCGAGAGGAAGAGACUCGCCUUCGCCACAGAGAUCCUGACCGACCCUCCUCUGCUGUUCUGCGACGAGCCCACCACCGGCCUGGACUCCUUCAACGCCCGCAAGAUGGUCAAGAUUAUGAAGGACAUGGCCACGCGGGGCAAGACCAUCCUCUGCACCAUCCACCAGCCGUCCUCCGAGGUGUUCACGAUGUUCGACAAGCUCCUUCUCCUGGCCGAGGGGCGCGUCGCUUACAUGGGCUCGUCUGUCGGGGCGCUGGAGUUCCUGGAGAGCCUCGGCCACAAGUGUCCCUCUACCUUCAACCCCGCCGACUACUACAUCCACACGCUCGCAGUCUUCCCCGGCCACGAGACUCGCUCCCGGGAACGCAUCCGGCGAAUCUGUGACAACUUCGCCGUGUCCGCCUACUGCAAGGACGUCGACAUCACCAUCCAGUACCAGGACAACAUGCGCAUCUCAAACACGGAAUGCGGCAGUAGUUAUAAGGAGGAGAUAUUCUUCAAGAACAUUCCUGAAAAGCCCGGGUGGUUGGUGCAGUGGUGGUGGUUGACGUGGCGGGCCCUGCUCGACUCCUACAGAAACCCCGCCAUCCACUCCAUCAGGAUAAUGCAGAAAGUGCUGAUCGCCUUCCUCAUCGGCAUUUGCUACACCAACGUGACGCUGAACCAGGCGGGCAUCCAGGACAUCGAGGGCGUGCUGUUCAUCUUCAUCACGGAGAACACCUUCCCCUCCCUCUACGGCGUGCUCAACAUCUUCCCGCAGGAGAUGCCGCUCUUCCUACGCGAGUACAAGAACGGCAUUUACCGAUCAGACACAUACUACCUCUCCAAGAUGAUCUCGCUGAUCCCGGGCUUCAUCGUGGACCCCGUGGUGUUCUGCGUCAUUUGCUACUGGAUGGUCGGCCUCCAGAGACACUUCUACCAUUUCGCCAUGACCGUCCUCAUCACCAUCUUCACCGCCAACACAGCCUCGGCGUGCGGGUCUAUGUUCUCCGCCAUGUUUGAGAGCAUCCCGUACAUCAUGCUGUUCCUCAUCCCCUUCGACGUGGUGCUCCUCAUCUCGGGCGGACUCUUCAUCAACCUCACGUCCAUGCCGUGGUUCAUCGGGUGGGUGAAGUACCUCUCGUGGUUCAUGUACAGCAACGAGGCGCUCACCAUCACGCAGUGGACUGGAGUCACCAACAUUACCUGCGAGAUGCCAGACGGGGUCCCUUGCAUCAGGACGGGCGAACAGGUGAUCAGCGAGUACGCCUUCGAGCAGAAUCACCUCUAUCUUGAUUUCUGGCUGAUGGGGGUCCUGUACUUCUGCUUCCACAUCGUUGGCUUCGUCGGCCUGCAUCUACGGGCCAAGAGGAAAUAGAGGAGAGGGUGAAGAGAUGUUGGGGAAGAGAUGGUGUUUUGGAGUAAAGAAAUUUUAAAAGAAAGAAAUAUAUGCAGACGAUCUAAGCUUACAAGUUAUUUUCUCCUCUUUUUGUAAGCUAAGAGGAAAUAGAGGCGAUGUUGAAGAGAUGUUGGUGACUGUGCGGGUGUUUGGGUGUCUGAAUAACUAUGAGAAGAAAGAAAUAGGCGGAGAAAUAAAUAUAUGCAGACGA